AUGUCCAACAAAAGAAUUGAACAAAGCGAAAUCGAGAAAUAUUGGGAGAUCUUUGCAUCUCUAUCAAAUGGUGGAACACAUCUUACUGGUGCACAAGCAGCACCAGUGCUGAAAAAUAGUCAACUGCGAGAUGAUCAACUAGAAAGGAUAUGGGAUCUGGCAGAUGUGGACAAUGAUGGGAACCUAGAUUUUGAGGAGUUCUGUGUAGCUAUGAGAUUGAUUUUUGACCUUGUCAACGGGGAAUAUGCAGAUGUACCACCAGCACUACCUGACUGGCUUGUUCCGGAAUCGAAGGCACAUUUAGUCCAAGCCAAUCGAGCACUUACCGGACGACAAGUUCAGUUCGAACGCGUUGAAGAUGAUGAUGAUACUCCGGGGUUGAAAGAUGGCUUCGAUUGGUACAUGAGUCCGUCAGACAAGGCCAAAUACGAAGAGAUAUACUCUGCGAAUAGGGAUGGCCGAGGAGAUAUCACUUAUACCCUCUACUCUUCGCUUGAAGUGCCAGACACGGAUAUACGCUCAGCUUGGAACUUGAUCAAUCCAUCUGCUGCUCUCGCCAUUUCAAAAGAUGCCACUCUCGCCUUCCUACACAUACUCAAUAAUCGACACGAAGGAUAUCGCAUUCCUAGAACUGUCCCUCCGUCGCUUCGAGCAAGUUUCGAACGAAAUCAAAUCGAUUACCAAAUAGACAACCAACGUGUCUCAUCACCUGCGCAGAAAUGGGGCGAUACUGGCGGAGAAGAGACAAGUACUGGUCGUAAGGCUAAAUUCGGAGAGACAUAUAUGAGUCGACUUGGAAUAGGUGGAAAAAGCAACUACAGGCCUGCGGGGACCGAUUUCUCAGGCACGAAAACGACUGAAGAUUGGGAGGAAGUAAGACUGAAAAAGCAACUCGCGGAACUUGAGGCCAAGAUUGAAAAGGUUGAGUCCGCAGCUGCAGCAAGAUCUGGCGGACGACGUGAUACCAAGCCAGCCUUAGUCAAGAGAGAAUUGGAACAGCUACUAGAUUACAAACGCCGGGAAUUACGAGAUUUGGAAUCUGGUGAGGGAAGGAGUAAAGUUGGUGCAAGCUUAAAGGGGGUUGCGGAUGAGAUUACUACGGUCAAGGAACAAGUCGAAGGUUUAGAAACACAUUUGAGGUCACGAGAACAGGUUUUAGGGGAAUUGAAGCAGGAGAUUGAUAAUGAGAAGAGCAGUCGAUAG